UACUGUAAUUUUCUCAAAACUGUAUUGUUGAGAGCAAAGCGUAAAAUAAAAAUUAUGUUAUGUUGUUGAGUGUUGUAAGUGGAGGGAUUUAGCGUGUUAUUGAAGUGAAUGUGUAGGAACUAGAAUCAAACGGGAAGGAAUUCAAAAAAGGAUUGUUUAUGUUGCUUGUGGCCCAAUGUUUACAUUUUAUAACUGCUCAAACUAAUUCCGCAACGAAACUACCAAACAUUCAUUAAAAAUGGGAGGUGGAGACUUGAACUCUAAGAAGUCAUGGCAUCCAAACACUAUGAAAAAUCAGGAACGCGUUUGGAAAGCAGAACAGGCUGCAGCAGAAGAGAAGAAAAAGAUGUUAGAGCUACAAAGAGAAAGGGCGGAGGAACGUGAUCGUGCUGAACUGAACAGUCUCUUGAAACACAGCAACAGUUCCUCUGUGGAUGACAAUCGGCUAUCUUGGAUGUAUGAUAGACCAGAUAAAAAAGUCGAUCAGGAAGCAUAUUUGCUUGGUAAAUCAAUUGAUAAGAAUGCUGACAUAUCUGAUAAGCCAGAGCAGGAUGUGAUCCCUGCUGUGUCAAGAAGAGUGGUUGGGUCAAGCAUGCUGACUGCGGCUGGUGACGCUCAAGUUGAUAUGUCUCGGAAAAUUCGUGAAGAUCCAUUACUUCUAAUAAAAGAGCGUGAGCGUGCCGCCCGGGCGGCAUUGCUCAAUAAUCCCUUACAACGUCGCCGGCUAGCUGAAUUACUCAGGAAAGAACAGGAUUUAAAGAAAGAAAGCAAAUCCAAGAAGUCACCCAAAAAGAAAGACAAAAAUCUUGAUGAUCUACUUGCAGCCAAACUUAAUGCUCUAGGGGGACAGAAGAGUUUAGAUUUAGCAACACUUUUAGAUUCCGACGAUUCCUCAGGUGAAUCAUCUCCUGACCGUAAAAGACAAUCUAAAAAGAAGAAAAAGAAGGCGAAACAUAGUAAAAAAAAGAAGAAAAAGAAGAGUAAGUACUCAUCUGAAAGUAGUAGUGAAGAUGAGCCAAAACAUAAAAUUAAAGAAAGUAGGAAUGACGAUUCAAAGAGCAGUAAAGAAUCAUUUGAUCAUCGAGCUACGAAAAGCGAAUCAAGAAAAAGGAAAAGUUCCGGAGAUGAUAAUAAAUCUGACAAUGAUGUUGUAUUGCAAAAGAAAUAUAAAAAGGAUUUUACAGAGCCACAUGUUCCGAAGCGUGAAUAUGAGAACCAAUACAAAGGUUCCCGUCGUUACAACGAUGAGAAAAACUACAGUGGUGGAAAUCAUUCUAGAAGCCAAUAUAAUAGAUAUGAUGAGAGUCACAAUAGGCUGGAGAAUAAAAGACGCGGAGGCAUGACUGAGGAGGAAAAGGCUGUAAGAUUAGCUGAAAUGGCAGCUGCAGGGGCCGAGCGCGAGGUGCAGCGCGGGCGCCGCGUGGCCGCGCAGCGCGCCGCCGACGCCGCCGCCGAGCGCGCGCCGCCCGCGACCCGCGCCGCGCCCAGCGCCGCCCGCGCGCUGCCCGACUCGCUCGAGUCGCGCAUCCACUCCAACAGGCAUUACAUACAGCGUGACAAACGACACAUGAAUGAGCAUUUUGCUAGGCGAUAACUUCAUUUAAGGUAAAUAAAACGUAUCAAAUAAUUUA